UGAGACACCAAUUGACUAAAGCUCAAUCGAAACUUAUGACAGAACUCAAUUGACACAGCCAAUAUGACACGACGUCUCAUCGAACGACCAGCCCAGAUCUACUCUGCGUCUCUGGGUGGCUCAUUCAGGCCAAUUCACACCGGCACGGACACCGAGCUGCCCGUUAGCAUCUCCAAGAAAACAACUCUUACUAUCAUCACCACCUCCCUUCUCAUCCCCGGCGACGGCGAACCCAUCAAAGAUGCUGCUCUCGUCAUAUCAUCAAAGCUCAUCGCCUGGGUCGGCCCGCAGUCGGCAAUCCCCAAAGAGUACACCGACUCUCCUCACAAGUCCUACUCCACCCCAUACCUGAUGCCAGGUCUCUGGGACUGUCACGCUCACUUUGGGGGAGAGUCUCCCGACGCAGGAUCCAGUGGUGAUCCCUACCAGGUCUUUAUCACAGAGCACCCCGCCGCAUCCGGCGCCCGUCUCACGCGCAUGUGCUGGCUGGCUCUGCAGAGAGGGUACACGUCCCUCCGCGAUGUGGCAGGCAUGGGCUGCGAGAUCUCCCGCGCUAUCGAAGAUGGAACCAUUGUGGGACCUAACGUCUACAGCUCCGGCGCGUGUAUCAGCCAGCUGGCUGGCCACGGUGACAUUUUCUCUCUCCCGGCUGGAGAUGUGCUGUUGAACUUGGGCUGUCGCCGUGCCGUGCGUUUGCAGAUUCGGCGAGGGGCAAAGUGCAUCAAGGUCAUGGCAUCUGGCGGCGUGAUGUCUCGUGACGACAAUCCGCUUUACGCGCAGUUCAGUCCCGCGGAACUCGAGACGAUUGUGGAAGAGGCAAACAGACAAAAUCGCGUGGUCGCGGCGCAUGUCCAUGGCAAGCCCGGCAUCAUGGCCGCCAUCAAGGCUGGCGUCACGACGUUGGAGCAUGUCUCGUUUGCCGACCGCGAGUGUAUCGAUCUUAUCAAGGAAAAAGGCAUCAUUUACAUUGCCACACGUCUCGUCAUGGACUUGCUGCUCGGCACCGGAGGGAAGGGGAUCCCUCCUACAGCUUGGGAGAAGGUGAAGCUGUGUGCCACAAACCACUUGGCGGCAUACAAGAUGGCCAUCGAGGCCGGUAUUCCGAUUGCCCUAGGUACAGACACGGGGCCCGGGUUCAACAUGGCAAUGGAGUUGGAGGCGGCCGUGAAGGCAGGGAUGAGCAAUUUGGAGGCUAUCAAAGCGGCGACCGCGAAUGGACCGCUCAGCGUGGGUGGGCAAGCUCCCAAGACAGGACAGCUGAAGGCUGGAUACGAGGCAGAUGUUCUUGGUCUGUUGGAGAACCCGGUGGAAGACGUCAGGGUGCUGCAAAAGAUUGAGAAUGUCGCAUGGGUCUGGAAGGGGGGUUCUCUCUUCAAGGGGCCUGGUGUUGGACCCUGGGGUGAGGAUCCUACUUCCUUUGACGAAUGGUCUGCGGCCACAUAUAUUCGUUCGUAG